AUGGCGGACGCCGAACAGAAGCAGCGCAAGUCCGUUGCAUUCAGCGAAGGAUCGGUCAUCAUGGACACCAACGGCCAAGUCACAGAGUCUUCCGAGACUGAGAAGCCUGUCGACAAGGAAGUGGACGAGGUCACCGACAUGUUCAAGGGUCUGGCAAAGAAGAAGAAGUCCAAGAAGUCCUCCAAGGAGACUGAGGGCGAGACUGAGGAGGCCCCCGCCGGCGACGCCGAGUUCGACCCCUCCGCCUUGAAAAAGAAGAAGAAGAAGUCGAGCUCCAAGAAGGCCGACGCUGGUGACUUCGAGGCCAAGCUUGCUGAGGCCGGUGUUUCCGAGGAAGCUGGUGAGCAGGCCGACGAGGAGGAAGUUGUCCCCGAGGGUGAUCUUGAGGCCGGCACCGGUAUCUGGGCCCACGAUGCUACCCAAACCAUCCCCUACUCUCUUCUCGUCUCUCGGUUCUUCUCCCUCAUCCAGAGCCACCACCCCGACCUUCUGUCCAGCGGAACUAAGUCGUACAAGAUUCCCCCGCCCCAGUGCUUGCGUGAGGGUAACCGUCGUACCGUCUUCGCCAACAUUGCCGAUAUCUGCAAGCGCAUGAAGCGAUCCGACGACCACGUCAUGCAGUUCCUGUUCGCUGAGUUGGGAACCAGCGGCAGUGUUGACGGUAGCCGUCGCCUGAUCAUUAAGGGUCGUUUCGUUCAGAGACAGAUCGAGUCCGUUUUGAGGUCAUAUAUCGUGGAGUACGUCACUUGCAAGACCUGCCGCAGCCCUGACACCGAGCUCAACAAGGGUGAGAACCGUCUGUACUUUAUUACCUGCAACUCCUGUGGUUCUCGUCGUUCCGUUGCCGCUAUCAAGACUGGUUUCCGUGGACAAGUCGGCCGCCGAAAGCGUACCGGUUAA